UAGAUUUCGCAACCCAUUCCUUUUUACCAGCACCAUCGAGAUGGGAUAACGCAAUGCCAGCAUCGUUGCUUUUUUUGGCAGGCUUCGGUAUAUCCAGGCAUAAAGAAUACCCAAGGCUCAGAUUUGCUCCUUCAUCUUCUUCCUCCCACACCUCACCUACAAACUGCUCUAUCUCUUGUGUUGUGCAUCGACAUCAUUAUUCAGGGUUAGAAGAUGGCAAUACUGGUCAUCACCAUGGUGAACGUGCAGUGCUGCCACUGCAGAGCCAGCAUCACCAAGAUCCUGGAAAGCCACAAAGAGGAGUUUUGCAUCGAGAAGAUUGAAUUCGAGGAGAAGCUCAACAAGGUGAUUGUACGCGGGAAGUUCGACGGCGAGAAGCUCAAGAAGGCGAUACUAGACAAGGCCGGCGAGACCGUGAAGAUCAAGGAGAUAGCCCUCGUCGACAAGUGGCCACCCCCACCCCCACCUUCGCCUCCCCCGCCCAAACCGGAAUGCAAGGUGGUGCCGUACCCUUACCCGUACCCGUAUCCGCCGUACCCGUGGUCGUGCCCACCACCUCGCCCGCCGUGCCACUGCUGCAAGCCGCCGACACCGUCGCCGCCGAAACCGCCGCCGCCACAGCCGACGCCGUGCCAGUGCCACUGCUGCAAGCCGCCGACACCGUCGCCGCCGAAGCCGCCACCACAGCCGACGCCGUGCCAGUGCCACUGCUGUAAGCCUCCGGCACCAUCGCCGCCGAAGCCGACGCCGUGCCAGUGCCACUGCUGUAAGCCUCCGGCACCGCCGCCGCCGAAGCCGCCGCCACAGCCGACGCCGUGCUGCAAGCAGUGCGAGGACUCGCACGACAAGGAUAAAUGCAAGCGUUGCCCACCAUGCCCGCCGUGCCCACCGUGCCCGCCGUGUCCACCGUGCCCGCCCAACUACUGGCCGCCACACCCGUGGCCCUGCCAGUGCCCACCACAGGACAGCCAGUGCACCAUCGUGUGAUCCACCGUCCACGUACGCUUCCUUUCUUGCAAUCUGCCGCCUGCUGCGAUCGUCGUGUGAUCUGUCCCAAUAAUCUCGCCCUAGUCGUGUACUUGGUUCUCGCGUUCGUUUGUGUCGUUUGGGUUGUGUGGUGUGUGUCCUGUCUUGUCUUGUCUUGUAAACCAUUCUCUCUUUCAGCUGAUGAUGUGUUUAUUCAUUUCAUGUUACUUUCUUAAUAGCAUCUUCGAGAGCAUUGCUAAAAAUCAUUCUCUAAUUUAAUAUUCUCUCCCUUAUUUUUUAUUUAUCGUAUUUUAGUUCAAAAUUGAACUAGUCGGCGAUAAAUAUUCAAUAUGGGGAUAGUAUUUAAAGAGACAUUUGUAUGAAAAUUGUUUUCUUUUAUCUCUUUCUACUAUUCAAAAGUAUUUUUAUAUCUUAUAUGGGCAUUUAAAAAACUGUUCUCGCUGUCUAUCUUUAGCUUUUUGAAAAUUUCAAAAUAGAUAAUGGCUAUAUUUAGAAAAUCAAAGUGCUACAGGAUAUUUUUUUACUAACAUUUUUAUUCCCAACAAUUACGGAAGAGAGUCUCUUACUCUCUAGUCUCUACUAAUAAUACCUAGUAGUAGUUUCGAAACUCAAAUUUUCUUCAUGAUUGGAGCAGAUUAUGAUGGAAAUGAAUCUUAAGGCUUCUUCCGUUAGGGAUGUAUUGAAUGGAUUUAAGGGGAUUAAAUCUCUUGCUAUUUAAAAUUUAAUAGGAGGAGGAGAUUUAAUCUCCAUUCAUCCCUGUGUAACCGAAUAAGACCAAGUUUUGUUAUGUGCGCGCGGCAUGGACGCGCUGUGAAGAGAUGCCAGUUUCGUGGGGUUUUAUUACUCCGGAGUCCGGUGUCAACAUCUGUGAGAAACAUGUGGAAUUGAGGAGGCUUUGGACUUCAUGCUAUGUGCGCCGGAUCGGAUGGAUGGAUAACGCAUAGACGGCUUAUUAGGAGCAGUGGUCAGCAACAUACCAAAGAGCUGCAGAAGAUACCUAAUAUUCAGUGUGUGUCAUGUCAGUGUGGUAUAUAGAAGUUACACCUGUGAUGUUUAGUAACAACUACAUACGAGGAAAAUUAGGAGGUGCAUGUUCACGAAAUCAGCCGAGACGCAGCUUCCAAUAUAGAGAAUUCCUAUCAAUUUAUUUACUAUGAACAGAUA